AAUCUACACAACAUAAUGAAGUCAAUCUUCAUUCUUUCUUUGGCUAUCUGUCUGUUCGCUGUUCAGAUUGAAUGUAAACCUGGUUCAAACAUGAAUGAAUUGUAUCUAGCGCUAAUGAAGUCCUAUGGUGGUCUGAAAGAAUGCUCCAAAGGCUGGUAUCAAUCAGUGCAGAACUAUUUCAUAGAAGACGAUCUGGGACAUAAGUUGACUGAUGUUUUAAAUACUUUAGCUCAACGAUUAAACAAACGCAUUAAAAAAGUUUGCCCAUAAAUGCACAUCUAUUUAUCAAUCAAAGAAUUACCCGGUUUGUGCAAAUAAAACUGGAUGAACAAGCAAGCAUCAAACAAAAUUAGAAAUCGAUUAAUUUUACUUGUAACUAAAAUGUUUGUUUCUAUGUUUUUAAUGUGAAAUUCAAUAAUAAUUUGUAUACUGUGCA